GUUGUAUGUGAAAAUGGUGGACCACAACGAUGAAAAACGUGAGGACGGCCUGUCAGAGUUUGUGGCCGACGGCCCCUCCGUUGAAUCCAGUGACUCGCUAGGUACUAAGGCGCCUGCCGCAGCCGUCAAAGCAGAAGGCGCACCUAAAUACGACUUUGGUGAAAAAAAGAAAAAGAAAGCAGCGCCCGCCAGUGAUUCUGUGAAAUCCGAGGUUAUCGACGGCUCGGGUCAAGUGUUUGUACGCGGCCACGUUUAUCAGUACGAGGAGCUAUUGAACCGCAUCCAAACCUUGAUUAACGCGCACAGCCACGAUCUCUCGGGUAACAAGAAGUAUACCAUCCGCCCACCUCAAGUCGUUCGUGUGGGUUCAAAGAAGGUCGCCUGGAUCAAUUUCAAGGAGCUGUGCAACAUUAUGGGUCGUACCAUGGACCAUGUACACCAGUUUGUCUUGGCUGAGUUAGGUACCGAGGGGUCAAUUGCUGGUGACGGCCAACUUGUCCUAAAGGGCAAAUACGGCCCCAAGAACAUAGAAAGCUUACUAAGGAAGUAUAUUACUGAGUACGUCACGUGUUCCAUGUGCAAGAGUGCAAACACCACUAUGGAGCGUGAUUCCCGUGCUCGUUUGUUCACCCAGCACUGUGAAGCUUGCGGUGCUAAUAGGUCUGUGAAUCCUAUCAAGAACGGUUUCCAUGCAUUGAACCGUGGUGAACGUCGUAAAGCAAAAGUGUAAUGCGU